AUGGUUCCCCCAGAAGCCCUUCAACAUGCAGGGAUUGUAUCACUACUCCUGCAUUUUAAAUGGACAUGGGUUGGGGUCCUUGUAGUGGACAGUGAUCAUGGAGAAGAAAUUAUACAAAAUGUGAUUCCACUUUUUUCCAAAAAGGGAAUAUGUUAUUCUUUUAUUGGAAAACUCCCCAAAUUUAGUUAUGUAAGUGGAUUAGAUGGUAUGAUUCAGCAGGGAGAAAAAAUAUAUGAGCUUGUCAUGGAUAAUAAAGCCAAUGUGUUUAUCGUCUAUGGAGAAUCUACCACCAUGGGGACUUUGAGAUGGCUAACAUAUAUACCAACUUUAGCAGAUGUGAGAAGUAAACCAAAAGGAGUUGUAUGGAUACUGAAUGCCCAGAUUGAGUUUACUUCAUCAGCAUUUCAACGCACUUGGAGUACAGAAAUAAUCCAUGGUGCUCUCUCCUUCACAAUGCAUUCUGCUGACCCACCAGAGUUUAAAUCAUUUCUUGAGAAAAAAAAUCCCUUCAGCACUAAGGAAGAUGGAUUUAUCAAUCUGUUCUGGGAAAAUGUUUUCAACUGUGUUUUCCCUAAUAUGGUUAAGAGUGAUGUGCCUGAGAAUAUUUGUAAUGGGACAGAAAAUCUGGACACCCUUCCUGGGCCUUUUUUUGAAAUGAAAAUGACUGGCCACAGCUACAGCAUCUACAAUGCUAUUCAUGCCUUAGCUCAUGCUUUACAUGCCAUAUCCUCCUCAAAACUUAAAAGAGGUAUGAAAGACAGAAGAGGAGGGAAGAUCCAUCAUCAAGACUUCUGGCAGCUCCAUUACUUUCUGAGAACUGUCUCUUUUAACAAUAGUGCUGGGAAAUUAGUUUCCUUUGACCAGAAUGGGAUAGUAGCAGAUGGAUUUGAUGUUAUUAACUGGAUUGUUUUCCCAAACCAAUCAUUUAUUCGAGUGGAAGUUGGGAAUGUAGAUUACUUAGCUCCUUCAGAUGAAAUGUUAACCAUCAAUGAUGAGAUCAUUACAUGGCACAACUGGUUUAAUCAGGUGCAACCUAUUUCUGCAUGCAGUGAGAGCUGUUAUCCUGGUUUUAGCAAAAAAGUGAAGGAAGGAGAGCCGUUUUGCUGCUAUGAUUGCAUCCCUUGUCCAGAAGGGAGAGUUUCAACUGAGAAUGACAGAAAUGAAUGUUCUAGAUGCAAAGAGAAAAACUAUCCCAGCAAGAAAAGGGAUUUCUGUAUUCCCAAAAUUAUUAGUUUCUUGUCUUAUGAAGAACCUUUAGGGAUCAGUUUAGCCUCUUUUGCACUUUCCUUUUCUUUGACCACAGUUAUUGUGCUAAGUGUAUUUAUGAGGAACCACAACACUCCCAUAGUCAAAGCUAACAACCGGGACUUGACCUACACUCUCCUCAUCUCCCUCCUGCUCUGCUUCCUUUCAGUGCUACUAUUCAUUGGCCAGCCUGGAAAAGUGACCUGUCUUCUCCGACAAACAACUUUUGGCAUGGUCUUCUCAGUGGCUGUUUCUUCUAUCUUGGCAAAAACCAUCACAGUAGUUCUAGCAUUCAUGGCCACCAAACCAGGAUCCAGAAUGAGGAAGUGGGUGGGUAAAAAAUUAACCAAUGCCAUUGUUCUUUCCUGCUCCCUGAUCCAAGCAAGCAUCUGUACAUUGUGGCUGACAAUGGCUCCCCCAUUCCCAGAUGUUGAUACGAUCUCAGUGACUGAAGAAAUUAUCCUGCAAUGUAAUGAAGGCUCUGUGAUCAUGUUUUAUUGUGUCCUUGGCUAUAUGGGUUUCCUGGCUCUUAUCAGCUUCACCACAGCUUUUCUUGCCAGGAAAUUACCUGACAGUUUCAAUGAAGCCAAGUUCAUCACCUUCAGCAUGUUGGUCUUUUGCAGUGUUUGGUUGUCCUUUGUCCCAGCAUACCUGAGCUCCAAAGGGAAAUACAUGGUGGCUGUGGAGAUCUUCUCCAUCUUAGCAUCUGGUGCUGGGCUUCUGGGUUGUAUAUUUUCCCCAAAAUGUUAUAUUAUUGUGUUCAAGGCUGAGCUGAACAACAGGGAACAAUUAAUAAGAAGAAAGGACUGA